CUUUCUCUCUCUCUCUCCCUCCCCCUCAAUCUUACAAUUCGUUCUGCUAAUUCUACAUUCUCUCUCUUUGGCCAAGUCCUAAAGAAUUUAACUUCCCUCAACUGGAACAAAAUCAUCUUCUGUAUAUGUAUCUUCUCUCUCUGUCUCUCUGUCUCUCUCUCCAACAUGACUAUUUGCCUUAUUCCCUCUGUUUCUUGUUUGCUUUGCCCUCUGCUUCCUCCUUAAUUUUUCACGACUGAAAGGUGGCAAUCAAGUAUCAACCCAAAGACCCACUUGCUUUGUUGUUCGUUUGAGCGCGUGGCUUGUUGACGUCAAGAUGGAAGGUAAUGAAGAGAAAUCUGCAGACCAGGUACUUUCUACUUGUUUAUCUGAGACAAGUGAUGGUUUUGGAGAUCCACAGGCCAUACCACGGGUUGGAGAUCAGUACCAAGCUGAAAUUCCUUCAUUAGUUGUGGAGUAUGUUCCUAUACAGAACUCAAAUGAAUUAAAUGGGGCCCAAUUUGUCAGCAAAGGAGAGAAUCUGAUUGCCCCAAAUACAAUGUUUACUGGAAAAGACAUGAAAGAUCUUGAAUGGCUUGGUGAAGUAUAUGGAGCUGAUAAGAUGGAUGUGCAUUCUUUAGCAGAGGAACAGAAAACAAAGAUGCAUCUAGAUGUUGGCGUCUACUAUCUGCCUGACUCAUCCAGUGAAGCUUGGACUAAUGCUGAAUGUGAUGGCUUUCUUCUUGGUCUGUAUAUCUUCGGGAAGAAUCUUAUCCUUGUUAAGAGGUUUGUUGAAGGUAAACCGAUGGGGGACAUACUGCGCUAUUACUACGGGAAGUUUUAUGGUUCAUCAGGAUAUAGCAGAUGGUCAGGCUGUAGGAAGCUCCGGAAGAGGUCUGUUUCUGGGAAGAAGAUAUUCACUGGAUGGAGGUACCAGGAAUUACUCUCUCGAUUAAUUUCUCGUGUCUCAGAGGAUUGCCAAAAGCUUUUUAUUGAGGUUUCUCGGCAAAUGGAAGAGGGAAGAAUUUCAUUUGAAGACUAUGUAUUCACUGUAAAGGAUGCAGUUGGUCUUGGCAAUCUAGUCGAAGCAGUAGGAAUCGGCACAGGAAAGAGAGAUCUCACCCGUGUGGUCAACGAGUCAACACUAAAGAAAAGCUUGGUUCCACCGAUUCCAACUGGCAAAUCUUGCUCUUCACUCUCACCUGCCAAAAUAAUCGAGUUUCUAACAGGAGACUUUAGGUUAAGUAAAGCCAAGUCAAGGGAUCUUUUCUGGAAAGCUAUUUGGCCCCGCCUUUUAGCUAGAGGAUGGCACUCCGAGCAGCCUCAGAAUUACAGUCUUUCUGGGUCAAAGGAUUCUUUGGUUUUCCUCAUACCAGGUGUCAAAAAGUUCAUAAAAAGGCGUCUUGUAAAAGGAAACCACUACUUUGACUCUAUCAGCGAUAUCUUGAAGAAAGUUGCAUCGGAGCCCGAGCUUAUCGAGUUCGAACUUGGAGCAGUAAAAGAAAUUAGUCUUAAGGAAGAAAGCUGGCAGGACCCAUCUUCGAAGGGGGACUCAGAUAAUGUUUUAGAUAGGAAAUGCCACCAGAGGUUUAUGCAGCCCCAGAAUUCAAAACCCAGUCCCGCUUUGGCUGGCUUCAUGAUAGUGGAUACUAGUUCAGUUUGUCAAGGACAGGCUAAGAUGAGAGGGGUGAGACUUUUACCAAGUGAGAUGACCUGUGCAUCUACUCAUUCUGGCCAAAUUGAAAAAAAUGCUUCUGAAGUGUCUGAAGACAAAGAUGAUGCAACUGAUAAUAGAGCAGGCUCUCAUAAAUUAGGUGAUGCAACAAGUGCUUUUGAUGAUAAACAGCCAAUCUUGCUUAAGAAAUGUCGAUUUGACUUGGAAAUGAAUGCUGGCCACCCAGAUUGCGAGGGUUCCACCACACAACAGCAAGAUUUCAGUCCUCUUGCUUGUGGAGAGUCAAACAGUUGCACUGGGAAUCUCUCUGCACAGAGAGAAUCAUACAAGAAUGAGUUUCAUUUCCUUUCGCCUGUCAAGAACAAGAGCAUAGUCUUGCAGGGAGGUUCAUCUCAAGACUUUACAGUUGCAUGUUCUUUUGUUGAAGUCAGUCCGGAUGAGCUCAAGUCUGAAAGCUGUAAGGAUGAAUUUCCAUCUUUGGACAAGAAAUAUUCCCAUGCAUCGAUCAACUUGAGUCUCCAGCGAGUAUCAACUGAUACCAGAACUCAUGAAACAUUGACCCCGAAAGUAGUGCAAAGUCAUGAUCAAACAUGUUCUGCCAAAUCAUUAUGUCCAUCCUCUGGGUCAGAUCAGCCAACAGAGCAGCACAAUCCAUCCUAUGGCAAUCCCAACAUAGAGCAACAGUAUAAUAGGUAUGGCUGCAGGAAAAGUACUAGGAACCGGCCAUUGACAAGAAAAGUAUUGGAAGCGAUGGAAUGUGGGUUCUUCAACACAAAGAAGAAGAGGAAAGGAACUGGUCAUUGACAAGAACCGGCCAUUUCAGCACCGGUUUUUCCCCAUCAAAUGCCCAUGACAGCAAGUGUGAGCCCAACUUUCAACGAUGGUUCAGGACAUUGUGUCGCACACCCCAGAAUCAAGCAGGGAGGCCCCCAAAAGGGACCUCAAUAGUAAAUGCAACGUGAUAGGUUAGUCUUGGGCUUGUCUCUUGAAUCGAUAGGUGGUCAUAUUGCUCGGAGCUUGUUGUUCGUCAUAUCUUAGCUAGUUUUAGUUCCUUUUCAAUGUGUUUUCUGAAUAUAGAGGGAGUUGCCCUUUUGAUGUUUAUACCAUCAUACACAUGAAUAGUUUGAAUUCACAAAAUCUAGGGACGAGACAAUGACCGGUCAAGUGAAUGAUUUAUGUGAGAAAUGUCAAAACUUGGAUGAACCGGAUCUUCAUCCUGGAAAGCUGAGGAAGGUAACAUUGUUUUGGAUUUGCAAAGAACAGAGAAUUAGUUAUAAGUUGUUGGAUAGCUUUCAUUCU